AUGACGCGCACAGACGAUACAUUUACAGAUGUACCUGGUACAGUCUACUUGAUAGACAGUAUUGCACUCACAUCGAUAUCAACAGCCUCACAUGCCUUUCAAGAUGCAGCCUUUGCUAGUCAGCAAGACAUUCUUCUUAUCCCGCAGCCGUCAAAUUCACUUGCUGAUCCAUUGGUGCGACUACGCCCUGAUUUCCUUGUGAUGUGGAGCUCACCAAUUGUGGCUAUUGCAUGCCUCGUAGUUGGAUUUUGGCUAAAACUUCGAAAAUAUAGGGGGUUCUCUUACUGCUAUUAUAUCUUUACCUUUGACGGUACUAUGUUCCCCAGGUACCGCUUCAAUGCUAUACCUGACCCAGAGGAAUCUCAGGCAAACAUCCACAAAAGUCCUCAGACAGAGAAGGAGAAUCCCAAGGAACUCCCAAUAUCCGAGAUCGCAAGUCAUUGUAUUAGUGAAGAUAUAUCACCUCGAAGCUAUAGGCAAAGAUCACUCUGA